CUCGCGGCGUGCGGACGCGAGUACGGAAAAUUCAUUUCAAUUUCUCACGAAAUUCGAAUGAGCGUAUCAUCGAACUCUUUGAUUUUGUGCCCGUGCUAUAUAGUGCAGUGUAUUGAAUUUUAUGUGUAGUUUUAAAUCGGACAUAAUAAUAUAUAUGACGAAGGAGUUUUUUUUGCGGAUGCCCAGCGGAAUAUUAUUCAUUCCAAGAAACUGAACCUAAUGGAUCCGAAUAAGACGAGUUGAAAUCGUCGUGAAAUAUGAAACGAGCCGACAUUGCGUUUUGGCGCGAAAUGUCAAUCGCUGUCACAUUAGUGCUCGCGACUUUGGCGGGAAUCGCUUCGGCCAGAGACAUCGUUCUAGAUGAUACUUACACGGUGAUCCAAGCAUCGACCAAUGAGAGAUUGCGCCUAGUUUGCGGAUUAAGGCCCAGAAGUCAAACGCAAGGGGUACGGUGGCAUUUUGAUGGCAAACCUUUGGAAGGUCAAAAUAAACCACGGAUUAUCUUACAAAGGCAAUGGUUAAGGAUAAAAGGAUUCAGAGCAAAGGAUGCAGGCGUAUAUACGUGUCAUAACGAUGAAGAGAAAGGAAGGGAAAUGAGUGUUACGAUCAAGCACAAGCCAGAUGUGGAACAAGACAAUUUAGAAGAAUAUCAAUCAGAUAUGGACAUGCAAAGACCGAUGCCAGAAAUAUUAGCACAACACGAAGCCGCUCCUUUAGUAGAAAACAAUACUUUAGAUGAAAAACCAACUGAUGUAAAGAGAUUGACAAAAAGUUUGAAAUACAGAGAAUAUGAUAUCAAAGACGAGGAUAUCGAUGAUAAGAGUGAAAAAGAACAUCCUAAUUAUGGUCACGUGGAUGAUACUAAAACAAAGUAUGCUCCUAAAUUCAAACAUCCCUCCAAAAUGUUCAAUAUGGAUAUGAAACCUGCUGGUAGUUCGAUAAGACUGAAAUGCGCUGCCGACGGAAAUCCUACACCAAACAUCACAUGGUUUAAAAACAACGGUACACCCAUUAUGAGAACGUACUUUCAACCGUCUUAUGGCAAAUGGUCUAUGACGCUGGACGAACUGACGAAAGCCGACAAUGGAAACUACACCUGUCUCGUCUGUAAUGAACUGGGCUGCAUCAAUCAUACUGUCAUACUUCAUAUACAAGAGCGUUUAUACGCAAAACCAGUGCUAACCCAAGGCGUAGUCAAUCAGACCAAAUUGGUCGGUGAGACGGCGAAGUUAAGCUGCGAAUUCCUUUCUGAUCUCCAUCCGUACGUGUUCUGGAUGUUUUUCACAAAUGACGAGUAUAAUUAUAAUGUCACCAUUGACACCAACGAUGGUGCCACCCAGGAGUCCAUUGUCUUCUACGACACAACUAAACUCAUGACGAGCGAAGACCCAUCGGAUAAACCUGAACAAUUGACGAUAUUCAAUGUGACAAAGGAGGACGAAGGCUGGUACGUCUGUGUUGCUCUCAACACUUUAGGUAACACCACAGCUAAAGGAUAUCUUUCAGUUGUUGAAUCAUUCCCGGCGCCAGAACCAAUAAAUCAUGGAAAGCACACGCUGUUCAUAAAUAUUUUAACAGCGGUGUUAGGUGCGAUGUUUUUAGUCGCAGCUUUGGUAGUCGUGAUGGUAUUCAAGAAGUUGAAGAGAGAGAAGAUUAAGAAACAACUGGCGAUUGAAACAGCGCGUGCGGUGAUUGUCACCCAUUGGACGAAAAAAGUGACGGUUGAAAAGCCACAGAUGAACGGAACACCCAGUACGACUGGUGAAGGUUUGUUAAUGCCGGUCGUGAAGAUAGAAAAACAGAAGUUGUCACAAGUGCAAGGCAACACAAGUGAUUCCAUGAUGAUGUCGGAAUAUGAACUGCCGGUAGAUAUAGACUGGGAAGUCCCCAGGGAGUCUCUGUCACUGGGCAAGAUUCUGGGAGAAGGGGAAUUCGGGAAAGUGGUCAAAGCUGAAUGCGUUGGGAUACUGAAGCCAGGAGUGCAGUCUGUGGUAGCCGUUAAAAUGUUAAAAGAGGGUCACACAGACGCGGAGAUGAUGGCUUUAGUAUCUGAGAUGGAGAUGAUGAAGAUGAUCGGGAAGCAUGUGAAUAUCAUUAACCUGCUCGGAUGCUGCACCCAGGACGGGCCUCUCUAUGUUAUUGUCGAGUACGCGCCAAAUGGAAACCUGAGGGAGUUUCUAAGGAAUCAUCGCCCGGGGAACAGAUACGAAUCACCAACAGAAGACUUAAAAGAGAAGAAAACUUUAACGCAAAAAGACUUGGUAUCAUUUUCCUACCAAGUAGCCAGAGGAAUGGAAUAUUUAGCGUCAAGACGGUGUAUCCAUAGAGACUUAGCAGCACGUAACGUGCUGGUCUCCGACGACUGUGUGCUAAAGAUCGCGGACUUCGGUCUCGCGAAGGACGUGCACAGCAACGACUACUACAGGAAGAAGACCGAGGGACGGUUGCCCGUGCGAUGGAUGGCACCAGAGUCACUCUAUCAUAAAGUAUUCACGACACAGACUGAUGUAUGGUCGUUCGGAGUGCUGCUGUGGGAGAUAAUGACGCUCGGAGGAACGCCGUACCCAACGGUGCCAGGACAAUACAUGUACCAGCAUCUUAGUGCAGGACAUCGCAUGGAGAAGCCGCCGUGCUGCAGCCUUGAAAUUUACAUGCUGAUGCGCGAAUGCUGGUCCUUCUCACCCGGCGACAGGCCAUCAUUCACAGAGCUGGUGGAAGACUUGGACAAAAUACUAACCGUGACUGCAAACCAGGAAUAUCUCGACUUAGGUUUACCCCAACUUGAUACACCACCGUCUAGUUACGAUGGAUCCGGUGACGAAAGUGACAGCGAAUUUCCGUUCAUAAAAUAGUUCAGUCUUUGUGGAGUUUGAUUAAAACUCCCUUGGUCUGCGUUUAUAUCGAUGUUAGUACAUCCAUUGAUGCGUCUUUAUAACGCCUAUAUUUGGAGGAACAAGCAAUGUAUUUUUAUAUUGCGUAAUUAUACGUAAUAUAUUGUCAAAGAUAAGUCUGAAUAAAAGGAAAGUUGUGAUAAAUCUAACGCCUUUAUUCAUCGUGUAAAUAAAAUCGAAAAGUACUGUACA